AUGAUUCUGAACCCAGAAGCAAUCCUCAAAGUCCAAGUCGCCCAUAAAGAAAUUUUCAAACCAUUAAUUCUUCAGUUGAGAAAGGUCUUUAGGCUUGGAUUACUCGACCGACAUUCUUCUGAUAUCAAUGACAGACUGGAGAAGCAUACGUACGACAAGCUUUUCGAAUUCAUUAUGUAUAUUUCUGAUUUCGAUUAUGAGAUCUUGCCGGACUACACAGAAGGAAUGACGGAAAUCUCCAGGUUGGCACGCGAUAUUGAUGUUAUCUUUGUUGCCAUCACGAAACUCGGCGCGCAUUUCUCAAAAGCUCUAAUUAGAACUGAUAGAGAGCCAUAUUCGCCAUGUGGCUACAAUUUCAUUGUUCUUCUUUCCCGUUUCUUUGUUCAUUGGAACGACCCUGAAGUUCUCAGAGCUCGUAAUACGAAACUUCUUCCAGCAGAAGCUGUUAUUGACCGCGAUGGAACUGUUCGAAGAAUUGUACCAAUAACUCCGGACAUGGAACUCAAGCCUGGAGUAAAAAUGUACAAGAAAAUCAAACGUCCUGACAAUAUCUUGAUUAAUGAUGUUGUAAAACCAAAUGACGGAAGUCCAAGAAAAGGAAGCCCCAGAAUCCUCAAGAAAAUUAAAAAUGCUGACUCUGAAAAGAAGCCUGGUUAUGUAAUAAAGGUGGAAAAAUCUGAUAAGAAGAUUGACACGCGCCAAAGAGUUAUUGCAACGGAAGUGUAA